GGUGAUAAACAAGGUGCAAAGAUGGGGAUCCUUGAGAAAAUAUCAGAAAUAGAGGCUGAAAUGGCUCGAACUCAGAAGAACAAAGCAACCGAAUACCAUUUGGGGACUCUUAAAGCUAAACUGGCCAAAUAUCGAGCCCAACUUUUAGAACCGACGGGUAAAGCUGGGGCUAAAGGUGAUGGGUUCGAAGUGAUGAAGUCAGGUGAUGCGAGAGUUGCUCUCAUAGGAUUCCCUUCCGUCGGUAAGUCUACCUUGUUAAGUACAAUCACUAAGACAGAGAGUGAAUGUGCCAGCUACGAGUUCACCACACUGACCUGUAUUCCUGGUGUGAUAGAAUACCAGGGAGCCAGGAUACAGCUGCUGGAUCUGCCGGGUAUCAUUGAGGGAGCCGCGCAGGGUAAGGGUAGAGGUCGGCAAGUUAUUGCUGUAGCCCGGACCUCGGAUCUGGUUGUGAUGAUGUUGGACGCAACUAAAGGGGACAAGCAGCGGGAACUCCUGACCUACGAGCUGGAGAGUGUUGGUAUAAGACUGAACAAAAGGAGGCCUAAUAUUUACUUCAAAAAGAAGACAACAGGUGGAGUCAAGUUUACAACCGUCGUGCAGCUAACCAAGAUAAAUGAGAAAACUGUCAUGUGUGUCCUGAACGAGUACAAGCUGUUCAACUGCGAACUGCUGAUUCGUGAGGAUGUCACGCUGGACGAGCUGAUCGACGUGAUUGAUGGUAACCGAGUGUACCUAAACUGCCUUUAUGUGUACAAUAAGAUAGACAUAGUAUCUCUAGAAGAAGUAGACAGAAUAGCUCGUCAGGAGCACCACGUGGUUAUCAGUUGUAAUGCUGGGCUCAACUUGGAGUUCCUGAUUGAGAAGAUAUGGGAGUAUUUGGAACUGAUCCAGGUGUACACCAAAAAGAGGGGGUUUGGGCCGGAUUUCUCGGAGGGUAUUAUAAUGAGAAAGAACUCGACAGUCGAGGAUGUUUGCCAUUCCAUUCAUAGGACUAUGGCCGAUGACACCAAGUACGGGAUGGUGUGGGGUACGAGUGUUAAGUUUAGCCCACAACGAGUCGGACUAACUCACAAAAUGCAACACGAUGAUGUCCUGCAAAUUGUUAAGAAGUGAAUCUAUCCUUGCUUUUCUAGCGCUCAAUCUUUUAUUUAUCGCUUUAAAAUUUCUGAUUUACGAAAGUAAAUUGUAUUGUUUUAAAAAUUUUGUACAAUGUACAUGAAAGUGUUACUAUUUGUGGGACUGGCUAUUUUCUCAGCGUAUGUA